GGAUUCAAAUUUCGAACGUUUUUUUAUCUUAGUUGUUAUUAUUACUUGUGAGUUCUUUAAUAUUUUUGUAUUUUUUACUUACAAAGUUACGAGUUUCGAGCUACGACCAAAAGUUAUAGUUGUAGCUAUUAAGUAACCGGAGCAACGUCUAAUAUCUUAAGUUCUGGCAACAGCAGUGAGUCAUCGAACUACUGAUUACUAAAAAAAUAUUAGAAUGGAUAAUAAAGCUGUAUACCAACCAAUGGUCACCGACGAACCACAAAAUGAAGUACAAAACUUCAACAUUCAUCCAUUGUCAUCUGAUCAUAUGAAUAUAAGUGUAGCGUUUAAGGAAAUAGUGUCCAAGGAUCCACCCAGGUAUACAAAAUUUCUCGAAGCUGUCAACAAGACAUUUGAAGAAAUUAGUGAUUGUGUUGGUCCAGAAGAGUUUAAAAACAUAAUGGGCGAUAUAUCAUUUUUAAAAAGUAAAAGGAAUGUGACAAAUUUAUUGACUACAUUAAAAUCUCAAAUCAGUAACCUGAUGAGCAAGCAUUUUGAACAAAUUAUUGAGGAAGAAAAUCUAUCUGAAUUGUUUAGUAAAAAAAAUUCAUUAAAUGAGGAAGAAGCAAAAAAAUAUUAUAUAGAUAAUAGUUCUAUGGAAAUAAUAGAAUUAGAAGAGUCUUUGCAUCAACUUGAUUUACAAAUUAUGGGUUUGGAAGAAACUAAUGAAGUAUUGUUCAAUCAAGGAAAGUUUAAUAAACAACGGUUCGAUCAACUAUCAGAAAGGAUAACAAUGUUAAUAGACGAUUGUCAGACUAAAUAUACUGACUGUGUGCAACAAACGGACCUAAUAAGAAAAGAUUUCACCAACAUAUUGAAAGAUCCUUGAAUGAUGAAUAUUAUAUACUAUAUCUUUUGAAUUUAUGAUGUAACACUAACAGUUAAGAUAUGUUAAAUUUUCAACUUGACCAUUUCCACUAAGCCAGUGUUUAAUGGUGUGUAUUAUCAAUAAUAAUAAUAGUUACUAUUAAAAAUAUUACUGGUACAAGUUUCAUUACAGGUAUAUUUAAGUUUAGUAAUACAAAUUAGGUAAUAAGCUGUAUUUUUAUUUUUAUAUUUCUC